CAUGCGAGUGUCUUCUACAGAAUGGAAUAUUUCAUUUGCUGGCUGUGGAUUUCUCAUGGCGUACUACUGUGGAGUCUAUAGCUGUUUAUUUGAAUGUGCCCCGUCUCUUCUCGAUGGGGUGAAAAAGAUUUGUGGGGCGUCAUCUGGUGCUCUCAUGGGUGCAAUAGUAGCAUGUAAAAUGUCUCCAGCCAAAUGCUGUAAAAUUUUGCUGGAAAUGUCCCGAGAGGCUCGGAAAGGCACUCUGGGUGCAGUCCAUCCCUCCUUUAACCUGCUGAACAUAGUACGAACCUUCCUGAUCCGAGACCUGCCCGACAACGCCCACCUACUCACCACCGGGCAACUGUGUGUGUCCCUCACACGCGUCUCAGAUGGGACAAAUAUGUUGGUUUCUGAGUUUGACAGCAAAGAAGAUCUCAUUCAGGCUCUUGUUUGUAGCUGUUUUUAUCCACUGUAUUGUGGUGUGGUACCUCCAAGCUAUCAUGGAAUCAGGUAUGUCGAUGGAGCAUUAAGUGACAACAUGCCUUACUCAAAUCUGAGCAACACCAUCACAGUCUCUCCUUUCUCGGGAGAGAGUGACAUCUCUCCAUACAGCAUCCCCUUUAACUUCCAUGAAAUACAUUACAAUAAUGUCAGCAUUCACAUCAACUUUAUUAAUGCAUACCGGGUGGUCAUUGCAUUCUUCCCUCCAGGACCAGAGGUCAUGGCUGAGAUGUGUCAGAAUGGAUAUAAGGAUGCUUUCCUAUUUUUGAUGGGAAAUGAAUUCCUGGAGUUCCAUUCACCACUAUGUGAGUUAACCCUCACUAAUAAAUGGGAUCAUUUUCCAUCAUCCAGGAGAUACAUUAAGGAAAACAAGACAACAGAAGACAGUGAUAUCACAAGGUGGCCAAAAGUGACUGAACAUCCUAAAAAUAUCCUACCAGAAUCCAUCAAUGAAGUAUUUCAUGAGGCAUACAUGAAGGAAUAUGAAACGAGAGGUUCUUUCUCAGUGAAGUUGGUCUCUUUUAUAAUGUGGUGCAUUUUGCCGGUGGAGAUGGUUUACAUCAUUCUGUUGAGGUUUAUUGACUGGUCACCUCAGGUAUGGUCCAAUACGGUGAGCAUAUGCAAAAGGACAACUGAGGGGAUCAGAAUGGUGUGGAAAAGAACUUUCUCAAGAACUUAAACUUGAUUUUACAUCCUGACUCUCAAAGGUGUGAUCGUUUUAAAAAGAUGUAUUCCACAUGUCAUUUAUACACAAAGAUGUCUCCUGUUCUUCAAGGCUUUUAUCUUCAGACACGACUGACUGACCAGCACUGAUCCUUUUAUCUGAUAGACUGUAUACUAAGAUUUGUCUGGAAUAAAAAUGUCUAUGCUCUUUAAAACUUAAGUCAGAAUGUAAUAAAAAAAAAAUUACAUUCUCUCAAAAUCUAU